AUGGAUCGCCUCCAUCAACACCCAGACAAAUAUGAGCCAGACAUCGACUAUCCCAUUGACACUCGCAGCCAUGAAUCCGACGACACAAUUGAGGAAAUUAACACUCUCGAGCUUACCCGUAUCAACACCUAUCGACUGCAACAGAAAACAACUGUAGGCUCUACAAGAGGACCUACUCCCCGUGACCGAUGGCUUCCUAUGGGUGCCAACAAAGAGUAUCCACCUCUGCUCCCAGAUUCUGAAGACUAUGUCGUGGAGUUUGACGGAGCCAAUGAUCCCUUACAUCCAUACAAUUGGUCUACACCUAGGAGAAUAAUGCUAGUUUGCAUCCUAUGUUAUGGUACCUUCGCCGGAUCGUUUACCAGCGCUGUCUUCUCGGCUGCUAUUUCUGGCUUCAGCGAAGAGUUCAACACAAGCACCGAAGUUGGCUCACUUGGAGUGGCACUCUAUGUCCUUGGAUUCGCAGCCGGGCCGACAAUUUGGGCACCGGGAUCAGAGCUGAUCGGCAGGCGUUGGCCACUAUCUCUUGGACUUUUCGGAUGCGCCAUCUUCACCAUUGCAUGCGCCGUUGCCAAAGAUAUACAGACUAUCAUGAUCUGUCGUUUCUUCGCUGGCCUGUUCUCGGCGAGUCCAAUUUCAGUCGUUCCCGCCGUGUUUGCAGACUUGUUCAACAAUACACAACGGGGUGUCGUGAUGUCGAUUUUCUGCAUGGCGGUGUUUAUCGGGCCCUUUUCGGCACCGUUCGUGGGUGGCUUCAUUGCAAUGAGUCCUCUGGGUUGGCGGUGGACGAUGUAUAUCUCUGCAAUCAUGGUGUUCCUAGGGUUCUUGCUAGUCUUUGUCUUCUUCGACGAGACUUAUGCUCCAGUCAUCCUUGUUCGCAAGGCAGCUACCCUACGCCGGCAGACUCGCAAUUGGGGCAUCCAUGCAAAGCAAGAUGAAGUGGAAGUAGAUCUCACGGAGCUUCUGCGGAACAACUUUGCCCGGCCUAUUGUGAUGUUGGCCACAGAGCCCAUACUGCUUCUGGUCUCAUUGUACAUCUCCUUUGUCUAUGGCCUCAUCUAUGCUCUGUUAGGCGCAUACCCUGCUGUCUUCCAAGGCGUCUACGGAAUGAGUAGUGGUGUCGGUGGACUUGCGUUUAUCGGCCUUAUCAUCGGCGAGCUUCUUGGCGGCGUUUAUAUCCUCCUGAUACAGGGUUCAUACAAGAUGAAGCUGGCGGCAAACGGUGAUAAGCCUAUCCCCGAAUGGCGCCUUGGGCCAGCGAUUAUAGGAGCUGUGUUUUUUGCGGGAGGAAUGUUUUGGUUCGGCUGGACCGGAUACACUUCAUCCAUUCACUGGAUUGCUCCUGUAGCUUCAGGGCUCCUCACCGGAGCGGGGAUCUUUUUGAUCUUCUUGCAGUGUUUUAAUUAUAUUGUUGACUGCUAUCCUUCGUUGGCUGCAUCCACUAUUGCCGCGAACACGAUCUUACGCUCAGCUAUUGGCUGCUCGUUCCCACUUUUCUCCCGCCAAAUGAUGGAGAACCUAGGAGUGCAAUGGGCAGGAACAAUGCUUGGAUGUAUCGCAAUCGUGAUGAUUCCUAUUCCUGUUCUGUUCAAGCCGAUCCAUCGAUCGAUCGGAUUGCACCUGGGCAGUUCGCAGUUCGCGACAAAUCCCACAAUCUAUCUCCCAUGGACUGGUCUCGACCGACUCCCAACACCUUUCGAGUUCAAGAUGGAAUCCCCUACCAAUAAAGACAUAAUUUUCGGUCCAGAUUGGGACCUCAGUCGCUGGACCUCCUCCGAUGACCGCGUCCGUGGUGGAUCAUCCGUGUCAAAUCUCAAGCCUACGGCAGAAGGGGUACUGUUUCACGGCAAUCUCGACAUUGAGACACUCGGUGGUGCCGGAUUUGCCUCACAACGCACGGUCGGAGACGAACAAAUAUGGGACCUCACUGGACAGGACGGUGUUGAGCUACACAUUGUUCCAUUGGACGGAAAACGAUACACUUUCUCCCUGACAGACGAAAUCCCACAACGGAGGCCGGAUGGUCGUGAACAAAGUGCUCUUGUGUGGGAAUAUGAUUUCUGCGCAAAUGAGACAGGGCGCGAAGUGCGUGUGUUAUGGAAGGACCUGAAACCGACAUAUCGGGGGAAGCCGGUAGGAGAUGCCAGGCCGUUGAACUUGUCGCGUAUAAGGCGGUUUCGGAUCAUGAUUCGAAGUUUCUUUGGGACACAACAGGGUGACUUUAGCCUCAAGAUCCAAUCCAUCGGAGUGUUCCGAGAGAGUUACCUUGAUAAUCCUAGUGUCACGAAGGAGUCCAUGGACCGUGAUGAUGAGAGAACGGAGAAGAAGGAAACUCGAGAGAAGAGAAGCUGGUUUCCGAGUUGUUGCUCAUUGUGCUGA